AUAUCGGCAGUUCAAACUAUAUGUUCGAACAAUUAGUUCAAACUAUAUUGCAACUGGGUGGUGUCAUCGGAGCCAACAUGCUCGGAUCACAGACACAUACGGUUUGAUAUUGCUAUCGGUAACAUACCAAUAGUUGAAACAACUAUGUACACCGUACUGUUAAUAGUACAAAACAGAUGCAGUGGUUAUGAACACAGGUAAUCAGAUCGAGGAUCAACAAACAUCAAAACUGAUCAAACACAAAAACUGGCCAAAACAAAACUUAACAGCCUUUAAAGGCAGGCGUGCUUGUUCAUUACGGGGGCGAUCAGUACCACCCUAAGAGCCGCCAUGGAAGUACUACUUGUACUGACCCCUCUGGAGAUAUUGCAGGGGGAAGCCAUAAGAACGACUUACAGACUGCACUACGUCAUAAAUGGCAUCUCGGCAAACAAAGUCUGGAUGGAAUCAACUGAACUGGCUGAGAAGGUGUGAAAUCACAGCACAAUUGGUAUGCCAUCAGACCUAAUGCCAAGAAAAACACUAAACACGAGUUCAUACUCGGUCAACAUACCAGACCGAGCAUACUGGGAUCAGAAACGGAUGAAACUAGAGAAAGCAGACAUUCGAGUAUAUUCAGACGGCUCCAAAACCAAUUGUGGAGUAGGAGCUAAGGUCAGAGAGAUCUAUCUGUCUUGGGAAAGACUUCAGACGGAAGUACAUGGGAUUGAAAUCUGUGCAAAAAUGCUUAACCAAAUGCAACUUGAAAACAGAACCAUCAAAUCUACAGUGACAGUCAGGCGGGUCUAAAAGUGCUAGAAUCCCCUACCUACACAUCUAAAGCAAUUUGGAGCUACAAAAGCGAGCUCAUAUUGCUUGGGGAAGAGAUCAAAAUUAACCUCAUGUGAAGCACCUCGAGCCGUAAUGGGAAUGUAUACCGGCUACUGCAGACUACUACUAGAACAUUUAAAUUUUCGAUAGGGCUCUUGAUAAUUCGAAAUUCAUGUGUAAUGUUUUUUUAGAAUUUUCUCUCUGAUAGCUAGAAUCAAUUCGUAACGGAUCAAUUAACGCACCUCGUAAUAUUGCCCCUAUAUGUCAGUUUUAUAGUUUAUUAACAAAAAAAUAAAAACCAUUUUUUCUUUCUAUUUUGUACCAAAAAAAAAAUGUGGGUUUUUUAAGUGGAGAUUGCUAGUUUAGGGGGUGAUUAAUAGCCAAUUUAGAAGAAAAAAAUGGUGCUGUGGGAAAAAAACUGUUUUCUGUUGUUUUUUUCACAUUUUUCCUAAUAUCUCCGCUUCUAUAGCUAUUGAUUGAUGGUUUCUUUUAUUCCGUAUUUUUUUGUGUAAUAAUUCUUUUUAUAUUUUAUUAUAAUUACCUUUCAAAAUAAAAAUGAGAUAUUAAAAAAAUCGACGUAAAAUCCCGUUUGCCAAAUCUUAAUAUAUAGGCUCUUAUGGGACCUGAUCUUUCCCUUUAUAUUUUCCCUUUAUAUUUUCCCUUCCCUUGGUGGCACUCGUAUGAAUCGUUAAAAAAAAUUUUAUUAAGUUUUACUACUCUUUGAAUAGUCUUCAAGCAGAAAAAUGAAAUUUUGAAUACGGAGCAUAUUUUGAAAAAAUGCUCAUUUUUAUCCCGGAUUUUGUUCCAAAAUCGAAAAAUAUUUUCUUUUUCGUUAACGAACUUUUAUUUAGAAGAAAAAUAUAUAUAAUAUUUUUCAAACAGUUUUAUAAUCCAUACCCAAUUCCUUUCCAACACUUCUAUUGAUCGUAUUGAAUCCACUUUACGCCGGUUCCACACAUUGGGCCCAAUGUUGGGGCCAACAGCGUUCGAAAUGUGAAGAGUGGCCACACAUUAUCACCAAGCUUAUUCCUUUGUGCACCGGGCCAACAUUAAUAUGUCUGGGGCUAAACGUGAAAAAGAAAUUGCGUUGUGUGCGUUUGCAGUGAUGACUGCUAACAACUAUAUUAUAAAUUUAAUUCUGCAAAAAAAAAGACCUCGUAAAAGAAGAUGGUGGGUUACAACUCUUCAUAGGUUACGUAAUCAAUAUGAUGGACGGCAUUUAUUAAAUAACUUAAAUCAAGAACCUUCAGGAGAAUUUAAUAAUUUUUGCCGUAUGUCUCCAGUAGAUUUUGAGUAUCUUCUGCGAUUGAUUGAACCUGAAAUAAAGAAAAAAGAUACUUUGUGGAGAAAAGCUAUCCCUGCAAAAGUACGAUUGGCAGUUACACUGCGAUUUCUUGCGACAGGAGAUAGCUUUAAAAGCCUUCAUUUUCUUUUUAAAAUCUCAAGCCAAGUUAUUUCGAUGAUAGUACCCGAAGAAGCUUUAUGUAAGGCAUUAAAAGGUUAUGUAAAGCUGCCUACAACUAAUGACGAAUGGCUUCCUGUAGUUCGUGGAUUCGAAAACGUAUGGCAAUUUCUGCAUUGUUUGGGAGCUCUUGAUGGUAACCAUAUUAUGCUACAAGCACCUGUCAACAGUGGAUCGGAGUUCUUUAAUUAUAAACAUAACUUUAGCAUCAUAUUGCUAGCAGUGGCUGACAGUGAUUACAAUUUUUUGUUUGCCGAUGUUGGUACUCAUGGACGUAUGAGUGACGGUGGAGUUUUUAAUAAUAGCUUGCUGUAUGAAAAAAUUAAAAGAAAUGACGCAAAUUUCCCAGAAGCAACUCCUCUGCCCGGAAGAAAUGUGGCUGUGCCAUACGUUUUUGUGGCUGAUGCUGCAUUUUCAUUAUCAGCAAAUAUAAUGAAACUUUUUCCUGGUAUACCUCCUCCUGGCAGCCCACAGAGAAUGUUUAAUCAACAGCUAUCACGUGCCCGGGUAGUAAUUGAAAGCAGUUUUGGAAUUAUGACAUCGGUUUUUAGAGUACUGGGAAAACCUAUGUUGCUGCAACCUCAAAAAGCUGCAAUUAUAACUUUAACCUGUGUAAUACUGCAUAACUUUUUGAAGAAAAGUCCUCACUCAAGAAAUAUAUAUUUGCCUGAAGCAAACCACAUUCCAGAUGAGCAACAAAAUUGUCUAAUGCCCUUGGAGCAAGUUCCGAGACUAUCAACAGAAAAUGCUAGGGAAAUACGAGAUGAAUUUGCAAAUUAUCUUUACUUACGAAGGCAAAAUAUGCAAUGA